UUUCUGUUGAAAACCUGAAGUGAGUUUUGAGUCGUGAUAUGUUUUAAUAGAUGAAUCUUGAUUGAGAAUCAAUUUGAGAUAUUUGAUACAUUAUUUUUGUAAUCGUAGUUUAAGUGAGAGAAACUUAGCUGUAGAUUGUUUUGAGAUGUGAUCUAAAAUCUAUUUUUGAUAGUUUAAUAGUCAUUUUUUUUAGAAAAAAACAUCAAUUAAAUAUUGAGUCGGAGAAAAUUGUGUAUCACUUAAAUAUGGUUUAUAAAUAACUUGAAAAGAGAUUGAGUUUAUUAAUAUUAACAAAAUAUAAUUAUAAAUAAAGUUUCAGUUAAUCUCUAAUCAAAACAUAACUAUUGAACUGUCUGCGUUUCAAGAUGUAAAACGCAAUUUUGAGUAUCUCACCUGAUACGCUCUUGAGAUGUGAAUAACAAUUAUAAAUACAGGCCUAAGUCUUUUAAGUAGUGCAUGAUUUACUUAAAACCUCAUUCUAGUAAUCAGAUGAGUAUAUUUGUAUAAUUCAAAUAUAUUUUUGCGCGCAGUUGCACGUCAUAAAGUGUGAAUGAAGAUCUCUGAAGUUGUUACGUACUUUUGAUACGUAAUUGAUUAUACGUACUUGAUAGUGAAAUAAGUAUAUGUUUGAUAUUUGGCAAAAGCAAGAAGAGAAGUUUUAGUGCAGUCUAGUGCAAAAAAAACCUAUUUGCGGAAUGGAUUAUUUGCUAUAGAUAUCAAAUAUGCACUUUUGAAAAUAAGCGCACUGCAAUAUUGCUCAAAAUUUAAUUGCAAUAAAUAUUUCGUGUGUACAAAUCAUUAUUCAUUAUUAAUAAAGAAAUAUGUGAACUUUAUACGAAUAAAAAAAUAGAACAAUUAUACAAAUAAGAACGAAUAUUUUAUUGAAUUAUCAUCGAUGAUAAUUAAGUUUACUAUGCUCUGCUUAUUAUUGACGUAAAAUGAAGCCGAUUGCUGAAACGAUAUUUUGGAUAAGCUUUUUAUACAUUGCGGCACCAGUAAAAACUGCACGGAUCUUGGCUAUUGUUCCAAUACCAUCCUACAGUCACCAAAUUUGUUAUCGACCAUUAUGGAUCGCUUUGAGCCAAAGAGGACACGAAGUCGUCUCUAUAACAACAGAUCCGCUCAAUGAUCCUAGUUUAACCAAUUUGACAGAAAUCAACUUUCAAUCUAACUACCAGUUAAUGGAAUUAAAUUUUGCCAAAAACGUUAUAGCGGGGACUCAUGAGUGGUUAAGUACAUCACGCACACAAAUAUGGCCUGCGUGUGGAGAUGUAGCAGAAAACAUUUUUAAGCAUCCAAAAGUACGUAAGAUGUAUGCACCGGAUAGUGAUGAAAAAUUCGACUUAGUAAUUGUAGAAACUGUAAAAGUACCUAGCUUCUAUACUUUGGCGCAUAGAUUUAAUGCACCUCUCAUAGGUGUGUCAUCAUUCGGAUUGCGUAAUACACUUUAUUAUCAACUCGGUGCACCUGUUCUGUCAUCACAUACUUCGAAUUGGGAAAUAGGAGAUGAUACCGGUUUAAAUCUGUCAUUGUGGCGGAGGAUAAAGAAUUUUAUUCGUCAGUGGUAUCACAUAUAUUACUCAAUAAAUUAUCAUUACCCUAAACAGCAAGCGAUAGCAGAAAAAUAUCUCGGAAAAAAUAUACCACACAUAAGAGAUAUGGAAAGAAACAUGAGUCUUGUUUUCCACAGUCAACAAGAAGCUCUCUCGUUUGUUAGACCGACAAUGCCUAAUAUUUUAGUACUUGGAAAUUUUCAUAUUUCAAAAAAACCCGCGGCUUUACCAAAGGACUUGAAAGAAUUUAUAGCAGAUGCACCGAAUGGAUUUAUCUAUAUGAGUCUAGGCACAAAUGUCUUAACAUCAACGUUUCCAGAGCAUAUACGAAACGUAUUUCGAGAUGUAUUUGCAAGUUUACCAUACAAAGUUGUAUGGAAAUGUGACAGCGAAUUGCCAAAUAAACCUGACAAUAUCUAUACCGCUAAAUGGGUUCCUCAAGAGAGCAUUCUCGCUUAUCCAAACAUUAAAUUAUUCAUAUAUCAAGGUGGACUUCAAAGUACAGAAGAAGCCGUUUAUUAUACAGUACCACUUUUAGGAUUACCAAUGCUAAUUGAUCAGUAUACUCAAGUUAAUAAAAUGGUAUCUUUAGGAGUUGCAAAACGUUUAAAUAUUAUGGAUAUAUCAAGAGAAAAUUUGAACGGAUCCAUAAUAGAUAUAUUGACCGAUAAAAGAUAUAAAGAAAGAAUGCUCGAAGUUAAAGUACUAAAUGAAGAUAAACCUUAUGAUCCUUUGGAACAUGUAAUUUGGUGGAUUGAAUUCGUCAUUCGUCAUAAAGGUGCUUCUCAUCUUCGUAGCAGUAUCGCUGAUGAACCUUGGUAUAAAAAAUCCGAAAUGGAUGUUAUAGCAAUUUUAUCAAUUGCCAUAUUUGUAACGUUAUUUUGUACACUAAUAAUUAUUUGCAAAUCGUUAAAAAUGAUAUUUAAUCUUAUGAAAAUGUCAGUAGUUACUAAGAAAAAGAUUAAUUAACUUUUAAUAUGUAUA